AUGACCCUUUCUGAUCCCGCUUUCCCUUCUUCUGCCGCUUUCGACGUCCUUGCUAAGGGCAUGGAGGACGCUGCUCUCAAGCAGAAGUACAUCAAGCAGGCCAACGUCCUGGUUCAGUUCGACAUCAAGAACAAGGAUGGUAAGACCGCUUCCUGGUACCUUGAUGCCAAGAACAAGGGUGAGGUUGGCAAGGGCAAGGCCCCCAGCAAGGCCGACAUCACUCUUAUCAUUGGCGACGCCGACAUGCACCAGCUUUUCGAGGGCAAGGCUAACCCCCAGAAGCUUUUCAUGUCUGGCAAGCUCAAGGUCAAGGGCAACGUUAUGAAGGCUGCUGCCCUUGAGCCCGUUCUCAAGGCUGCCCGCACUGAGGCCAAGCUCUAA